GAAAUGUCAGGCCUAUGAGCAUAGAAUUUGAGGGUCGGUGCAAGGGGGCGGAUUACAAGUAGCGUGCUGCAAGCCCGUGCGCACAGGAGAAAAAGGGUGAAAUGUACCCUUCUUUCUUUAGACUGACGUGCAGUGAUACCCAAGAACAGGUUUGGGCGAAGGUAUUAAAAACAACAGCUCACGUCCGGCCUCAGAUGAUGAUGAUAAUGAUGAUGAUGAUGAUGAUGACGAUGAUGAUGACUGCUGUAACAAUGCUUCCAGCAAGAACAACAGCUAAUCAGGUUCGCGGAGGAUUCCCACAGCAACCGGGGAAUAACUUGGGUUGGGCGACAGGAUGGCAAAGGAGCUUGAUAGGUAGAAACGAAAGAGUAUAUUAUAAUAUCCUGAAUUGAAACUAGGGAACGAUCCCGAAGGUCCAAACUUCAGUAGACAGACACCCAAGCAAGGGAAUCGCAGGAGGAACAAUGGGAUUGUUGACAGUCGGG